AGAGAGGGGAUAGGACAAGGAAGAGAGAGACCUGAAGAGACAUCUCAGAAGAAACAGCUUCUGCUUCCCUACUGCCAACGAACCCGGUGCCAUGGACACUAAGGGCUCCUUUUUCUGUGGCUUCCUUUUGCUGCUGCUCAUCCAACUCCAGUCCAGCAGAGCCAACCCCAUCUACAGCCUCAGCCCAGCCAAAGAACUGGCCAGCAUGGAGGCUCUGCUGGAGAGACUGGAGGAUAAGUUUGCAAUGAUUGAAGCCCUGGAGUCCAAUCCUGACCUGCAAGAACCCAAAACCCAGGAGGAAAUCUCACCAGAACUCACAGAUGAUGCUGAUGACCAAAAGGCUGAGCCCAGACUGGCACCCAGCACCCCCCUGUCCUACAGGAGCCCCCUCCUCAAGAGACUGAGGGGGCUGCAGAUGCCCAGGAUGAUGAGAGAUUCUGGCUGCUUUGGGAGGAGAAUUGACAGAAUUGGCUCCCUGAGUGGGAUGGGCUGCAAUGGUUACAGGAAGCAUUAAGACACCUUCCCUGUCCCCUCCUCUGAAGGAUGCUUUACAGUACCUCUUCCUCCCAAGAUGAACUCCAGAUGCUUUCUAAGCUCCUCAGCAGAAAGUGAUUCCUAUUUUUAUUUAUUUAUUUAUUUAUUUAUUUGAUUUUUUUUUUUUUUUAAAGAACAUUUCUUACUCUAGCACCAAGAGACCAUCUUUAAAUAAAACCAACACGUUAGACAUCUAUGCUGGACCUCUCUCCUGUCUGUUACAUUAAAGUUUCUUGUAUUUUCCUGAAGUCAGAAGCCUGUUUUAUUGGUACUCUGGUACCCACAAGGCUGGAUCUUACUUACAUGAGAUGGAGAAAGUCUAAAGUUGGUAGAAACAAAAAUGAGUAUUUCACUAGAGUUUUUCCCUCUGCACUAAGAAAUUAUAAUGAAUUAGGAAGAAAAAAGCCCCAAACCUUGCUCAACAUUGAAAGCCCAACAUGAGCCCUCCUAUAGACAGGGUUGCAGUGACAAGAGAGUCCUCUUGGUGGUACAGAUCAUUCAUUCAAGGGAACUGCCACAAACCCAGAACCCAUGCAAAAUUUACAUGAAAAGAAAUAAGAAAAAAAAAUGGCAACACUCCACAAGUUUCAAGAUACCAAGAGGGAGGAAAGGGAAUGAAUUGUAUAUGCUUU